UUCUCGAGCCUUGUUCGAAAACUUAUUCAGAUGAUUCGCUGCCGUAUUUAAUGGAAAGAAUUAAUGCUCUUUGUGAUGCAUGUACGAAAGAGCUUAAGUCGCAAGGAUUCGAUGAAUCGCAUAUUCAACAUCAUAUUUAUCUUAAUUUACGAUACCAAGGAACUGAUUUUGCAAUUAUGACUUUGAAACCCGAGGAUUCUUGGGAUUUCGCUCAAACUUUUGCUUUACAAUAUAAACAAGAAUUCGGGUUCCAUUUUCCAGAUCGAAAAAUCUUGGUAGAUGAUAUAAGGAUCCGUGGUAUAGGCAAAGGCUUUGAAAUUGCUAAACAUGAUAUAUUUGAUGAAAUAAAAAGUAUUAGUCCUAUACCGGUCUUAGAAGACCAGUGUGAUAGUACGGCUCCCGUUUAUUUUGAAAAUGGACGUAUAGAAACUCCUCUUUAUCUCUUAGAGAAACUUAAAGUUGGAAAUACAAUCGCUGGACCAGCAAUGAUUAUUGACUCGACCUCUACAAUUCUCGUUGCACCGACAUGCAAUGCCUUGAUUACGACUUCUCAUGUUUUUAUUACUGUUGGGGAUAACACCAAAUCAAAAGUAACUACUGAAUCGGAUCCGAUUCAAUUAUCUAUAUUUGGCCAUCGAUUCAUGAGCAUCGCUGAACAAAUGGGAAAUGCUUUACAAAAGACAGCAAUCUCAACAAAUAUUAAAGAGAGGUUGGAUUUUUCUUGUGCUCUUUUUGGGGCUGAUGGAGGAUUGGUCGCCAAUGCUCCACACAUCCCUGUUCAUUUGGGAAGCUUAAGUCAUACGGUUAAAUAUCAAAUAGAGUAUUACAAAGAUACAUUAGAAGACGGUGAUGUAAUUAUGACCAAUCACCCGCAAGCUGAUAUUACUGUAAUAACUCCAGUAUUCAAUGAAGGAAAAAUCGUAUUCUUUGUUGCGUCAAGAGGUCACCAUGCGGACAUCGGCGGUAUUUUACCUGGCUCUAUGCCACCGCAUUCAAAAGAAUUAUUUGAAGAAGGAGCUGCUAUCAAAUCAUUUAAACUCGUUUCGAAAGGAAAAUUUGAUAUUGAUGGCCUUACUAAUAUAUUAUUGCACGAACCCGCUCGAUAUCCAAAAUGUUCUGGGACAAGAUGUCUUCGUGAUAACAUUGCAGAUAUUAAAGCUCAAGUAGCUGCAAAUCACAAAGGCAUUGGCCUCGUGAAAGCAUUAAUCCAAGAAUAUGGUUUGGAUGUAGUUCAAGCUUAUAUGGUGCAUAUUAGGCGAAACGCCGAAUUAUCGGUUAGAAAUCUCUUGAAAAAAAUACAUCAUCAAUUAGGGCAGAAUAUUUUAAAAGCGGUCGAUUACAUGGAUGAUGGAACUCCUAUUGAAUUACAGAUAACGAUUGAUGAAAAGGAUGGGUCGGCUAUAUUUGAUUUUACUGGCACUGGACCUGAAGUUUAUG